GCUUUGUGGCAUCGGUGCGCGCCCCAACAACGUGGAGAGAGUACGAGUUUGUGAGAUGGAAUGCACACGGCAACCCCGGUGAAGGUCGGCGCGUGGCCUGGCAACUCCACUCAUUUGCGGGCGCGACUAUUUGCAAUCCAUGGAUUGAAAAAGAGAACCACAGUCCAAGCAUCCACACGGAUCGAAACCCCGGGAAACCGCCCCGGAGCGUCCCCGAAGAGGUUCUCCUCCCUCUCCUAUAGAAGCAGCUAUAAUCACAAAGUCACGGCACGCCGGCGGAGAGCCGUCUGAAAGCGGCGACACGCACCCGCACACUGGGGGAAGACGAGGAGACGACAUACAACGAUAACUGGUGAGAUCCCGUCCCGACAGCCGUCCGUGCAUCCUCUGCGUGUCCUCUGUUUGUAUGCCUCACCCUCACCCUCUCUGUGAUGUCUUUCCUAGAAAUAAAAUAGCAACGGCCGCACCCGCACCAGCGCCAUGUGUGUGUUGGUCUGUCUCUUGUGUUGCAGCCUCCCUUCAUGCUGUCCCACGCUGUCGAUGCUGCUCUGUACCUGUUGCUCUGUACCUGUUGUUGCCGUCGUACGUACGUUGGUGAUCAUGUGCCUGCACUGGUGUGUUCAGGCCAGGCCCUGCCUGUUUGUUCUUGCCGUGUAAUCCGGAGUCUUUUCUUCUGGCUGCUCGGCUGUGCGCCGGGCCUGCCUGUUGUCCUUGCCGUGUAAGCUGGAGUCUUUUCUUCUGACUGCUCGGCUGUAUGGUGGUGCUACAAUACUGGGCUGGUAGAGGUGCUGGCAUGUGCACGCACUUGCCCAAUCCCUUAACUUCAUGUGUCUACCCUCCAUGCUCGCGUCGUGGGACCCGUGGCCUGCCGUGCGGUGGUGU